GUCAGUGUCAGUGAGCCGUGCUGGUGAUGGAGGGAGCGCUGUUGAAAUGGACCAACUACCUCUCAGGUUGGCAGCCACGGUACUUUGUGCUCGAGAACGGCAUCCUUUCGUAUUACGACUCCCAGGAUGAUGUGGGCAAGGGAAGCAAAGGUAGCAUCAAGAUGGCUGUGUGUGAGAUAAAAGUACACACUACUGAUCCCACUCGUAUGGAAUUGGUCAUCCCAGGUGAACAGUACUUUUACCUGAAGGCGGGAGGUGCUGCCGAAAGACAGAAAUGGCUGGUGGCUCUGGGCAGCUCCAAGGCAUGCCUUGGGGACAGCAGGAGCCAGAAAGAGAAAGAUCAGAAUCUAAGCCAUGAGUCGUUGGGGCGGAAGCUGUCCGAGCUGCGGCUAUACUGUGAUGUGCUGACGCAGCAGGUGCUGGCUGUGCAAGAAGCGACACAUCCCCAAGAUAACGGAUCCCCACUCGACAUCCAGAAGAUGAACGAGGCUUCAUCCUUGUUACGGGCCACCUGCAGCCAGUUCAUCUGCACGCUAGAAGAAUGCAUGAAAUUUGCCAACACCCGGUUGGCUCCUGAGCUGUACUGCCCUUCGGUCCCCCAACCUUCUGAUUUUGUGGGCACCAAACUCCCACAUUCCCAUCGGGUAAGACGCUCUAUGAGCCAUACAGGCAUAGUCUCCUCGGACAGAGCUCUGGAGCCAGCUAGGAUCUCUCCCAAGGGCACCGUGACGGUUCUGCGCAACUUGGAGGAAAUGGUGAUGCUCCGCUCACAGCAGUGGGGGCAACAGAAUUGCCGGUCGGGAAGCCCCACUGGCACCAUCGUUGAAGAAGCAGCUGACGACCCAUCGCCAGCGCGAGACUCGCCAGCGGGUUCAGCCGGCGGAGACCAGCGAGUGUAACCUGGGCUCUGGUGCUGCUUCAGCUCUUCUGGACAGUUUGCUAGUUAACUAGCUAGAACAAUUGGCCCCAGGUUCCCUCCCUAGUUUAGGACCAGCCCAGGCCUGCAGGGCGUGUGGCUGAAUGCACCCCAUGGGGUCGGCAGGCCCGAUGGGCAAGGAGUAGGUGCCGGAUCGGAUCUGUUCCGUCCCACUGUCUUGUGGUUGCCAGGUGUUCUCAGUUGCCGGGCCUGGUGCUGGAUGUCUUCAAGCAAGAAGGGUUGGGUUGGGGCAUGAUGGAACGAUAAGGAAGAGACGGCCUUGGGGAGAGCGCUGGAUACCCGGGAGGUAGCUUCUCAUGGGCCAAGCUGCCCAGGUUGCUUGCCACUGCCGCCUCACCUCCUGGUGCUCUUGUUAGCCGUUGGUUUCAGUCCCUGUUGGAGCUGAAGACGUGGCAGCUCACGGUCUGGGGUAGCUUCAGGGUACCUCCUCCUCUUCUUCAGGCUCAAGUCCAUAGGAGAGUCCAAGUCUUUGUUGCUGUACUCCUUGCUGAUUUGGAAGAUGCUCUGCUGCCGGGUGACUGGAUUGGCCAGGAAGCUGCUCUAGUUCUGUCCUCCAACAUGAAUGUCCUCGCUGUGUACUCUCCUCCUCCUCCUCCUUCACCAGAAAGCUCAUCUUCUCCCCCGCCCCCCCCUCAACCAGCUCCUCAGCCCUGACACCGCUUUAGUACGGGAGGUUGCUGUGCCGGACAUAGAGUUCCUGCUAUGCUGUCCCUGCUUUGCUUCAGCCUUUUGCUGAGGGAGGUGUGUAGCCAGUGCCCAAGUUAGAGAGAGCCGCCUCUUUGGACAGCUGACCUCCCC